UCAGUUGAGUGGUGGAUCCUGUGAAGUGAAGACGUGAAUCUGGGAGAGUGUGUGGGAGAGCUUUGUAUUCGAACCCUCGCCCCCCCCACCCCUGCCCCGCCCCGCCACGCCCCGAGGAUCACCAACGCUACCAACACACCUGAGAGCCCUCCAAACCUGCAAGGGCCACUCCACACCUGCGCCAUGUCCCUCGUCACAGUGUUGGGGAGUAUGGGCACAGGUGGACGGGUUCCUGGGAAGGCUAAUGUGUACGGUUUUGGUGGGUUGCCGCCGUCACUGAAGGAAAAGAAACUGAAAGAAGCUAAACUACAAAACGCCCUUGCAAAACCGCCGACCUCCUCCUCGAACUCCACCACCUCCACCUCCUCCUCCACCACACAAACCAAACACACAACCUCCACCUCCUCCACCUCAUCAAUUAAGCACACUACCUCUACGGCGUCCUCCUCCACCUCCACCUCCUCCACUACAUGUUGCACCUACUCCACCUGCGGGCCAGUCUCCUCCACCACCACAGUCGCGCCCACCUCCACCUACUGCUUCGCCUUCUGCUCCUCCACCUCGCCCGCCACCUUCACCACCGCCACCACUGCUACCACUGAGCCCAAGAGAGGGUCAGUGUGCGAAUGAGACAGCGUUAGUGAGAAGACGUGCUGCUGGUGAAUGUUCCACCGUGCCUGGCCACCUGAUGGGACUGAGGCGAGAGGAGAGAAGCCCGGCCCUUAUAUACCCUAGGGCAUGCAGGAAGCUACGCCCCCUCCCAGGCACCAUACGCACAAAUCAGCCAAUCAGGUGCAGGGAGGCGGGCAGGCGACCAAUCACAACUCACCUCUCAGCCCUCCCUCAGUCCCGCCUGGUCAAGAAAUCAAAAUAAGGUGGAAAAUAAGGAAUAGACGGUUUUUUGGUUCUUUUCGUGACAAUUCGUGAGUGAAACAUUUUUUUUUUAUUUUUCUUUAUUUUUCAGUGAUUGUUUUGGAAAAGUGAUAAGUCUGGAGUUGUUUUUUUGAGUAGAGGAAUUAUCUUAUCUAUGGAGUUAUUAGUGGAAAAGGGAAAUAAAAUAAGUGAGAUGUUUAAAGAUAUAAAUGAAUAAGAUGGGAGUUAUGUUGUAGUGGAGUAUUUAUAGAAAGGAAAAACAAAGUAAAUAAAAAAAAAUGUUGAAAAGAUAAAAAAAAGACAAAAUGAAAAAAUAAAUCAAUAAAAACAAUCCCGCCUAAACGCCCGUCCUUAAAUUUCAAAACAAAAACAAAACAAAAGAAGAAAAUAAGAAAGAAAAACAGAAAAUCAAAACAGUGAAGAAGAAGAAAAAAAAAGAGGAAAAAGAAAACAAUACACAAAAGAAAAAGAA